UAAAUUCCUGUGAGCCUGGUUGAGCGCCAUUCAAUGAAAAUUUUGGAUGAAUUCAAGUUUGCAUUUUUGAUAGAAUUGUUUUUGUUGAUAAUUAAACUUGCUGAUGAAACAUUUGACUGUGUCAGUUAAAUCAUAAAUAAUUUUACCAGAAUUGGUGCACUGAAACUCCACAAAAAUGACUGAUGACAUGCCAACAUUCAAAUGUGUAUUAGUCGGCGACGGUGGUACCGGUAAAACUACUUUUGUUAAACGGCACUUGACUGGAGAGUUCGAGAAAAGAUACGUCGCCACACUUGGUGUUGAAGUGCAUCCACUAGUAUUCCACACAAACCGUGGUCCCAUCAGAUUCAACGUAUGGGAUACCGCCGGUCAGGAAAAGUUUGGAGGUCUCAGAGAUGGCUAUUACAUUCAAGGUCAAUGUGCCAUCAUCAUGUUCGACGUAACCUCUCGUGUCACAUACAAGAAUGUACCCAACUGGCACAGAGAUUUAGUUCGUGUAUGUGAAGGCAUUCCUAUAGUGCUAUGUGGCAACAAAGUGGAUAUUAAGGAUCGAAAAGUCAAGGCCAAAACCAUUGUAUUCCACCGGAAAAAGAAUCUCCAGUAUUAUGACAUCUCUGCCAAGUCAAAUUAUAACUUUGAAAAGCCUUUCUUGUGGUUAGCAAGGAAGUUAAUUGGUGAUGGUAACCUUGAGUUUGUUGCUAUGCCUGCUCUGCUGCCCCCUGAAGUUACUAUGGACCCACAAUGGCAAAACCAAAUUGAAAAAGAUCUCAAGGAAGCGCAGGACACUGCACUACCGGAGGAAGAUGAAGACUUGUAAAUAAGAAUCAUUAUAAUACAAAUUUCCAGUGGCCGAGCAAUUUGAUUCGGGAAUCAUGCUAACAGUGUUCACUUGUACACAUAAAUUUCAUUCCAUUAGGUUCAAGUGUUCAUUAAGUGCACACUGAUCAAAUUUCAAAUGGUUUGACAUCAUAAUGCCUUGGUUUUGAUUAAUUACAUUAAAAGCAUUUUACAUUAUGCUAAUGAUCUAUUUAUUUUAUUUCAUGUUCACUGAUUUUUCUGUGCUUUAAUUUACUGUUUCAUAGGCUGAAACUAACAUGGAAAAAUUGUGAAGGAGGAAUCAUAGGAAUCUGUAUUUGUCAGCUAUUAGAUAUUUGUUCCUUAUUUAUGUUUUACUGUGCUAUAUGUUGUAUGGUAUUGCAAAUAAAUUUCCUUAAAAGACAAAAGAUGUGUAAAGUACACGGGUC